UUAUUUCACAUAGUUUCUCGGAAACUACCCUCAUAUAUUACAAAGGGUUUGCAUUUUCAUACUUUUCUGCGGUUUGACUAACGUGAUGAACUGGCACAAAACCACCAAUCAUAGGAUUCAGUAAACAGUACGGGAAAAUGAAACCAUUAACAACUAUAUUUUGGUCUAGCAUGAUAAGUGGACUUGAUGCGAAGCACCUAAGACUAGGAUGGCAGUCUGUUUAGGUUGCUCUUCCAUAUUCAGUUCUCUGUUAUGCUUUUUGACUUCUAUAGUCGCAAGCUUCAUGCAAAGCGCCUUAGAGCAGUAAAUUGGCAGUCGUUUAAGGUUUUUCUUCCACAUUCAGUUCUAUCUGGUAUGCUCUUCGACUUCUAUAUAUAGUUCUGUGCUUUAUUCUACAAUUAGAAAAUUUCAUUGCAAAUAUCAAAAGAAUUGUAUAAAAUAUAAUCAAAAGGGCGCUUGUUUUUGUUUGAAUACCAUUGGCCAAUGGGGGCAAAACACACAUAUUGCAUUGUAUUUCAGUUUUCUGUGUGUCUAUUGUUCUACUUAUUUCAAAUGCAUCGUUGCUAUGCAAUUUAUAACAUAACUUCAUCCCAAGUGUUAUCUGACGGACAAACUUUGGUCUCCCCAAACCAAACUUUCGAGUUAGGAUUUUUCAGUCCUAAUAACUCUGGAAAUCAAUAUGUGGGUAUUUGGUACAAGGAAAUUUCACCACGGAUAGUUGUAUGGGUCGCCAACAGAGAGAAUCCCCUUGCAGUCACAGACUCUUCUGCAAGUCUGACAAUUGGCAGCAAUGGAAAUCUAAAUCUUGUGGAUGGAAAUGAAAAGUCUUUUUGGACAACUAAUAUUCCUGUUCCAUCAAAUUCUUCAGUUGCAAUGCUUUUAGAUAAUGGAAACUUCAUUCUCAAGAAAGACCACAUAUCAGAGGAAAUUUUGUGGCAGAGCUUUGAUCAUCUUGGUGAUACGUUAUUACCCAAAGUAGGACUAGCUUUUAAUAUUAAAACUGGUCAGAGAUCUGUGCUAACUUCCUGGAAAAGUGAAACUGAUCCAUCACGCGGAAACUUCAUCGUUGGAAUUGCACCACAGACGCCGCCAGAAGCCUUUAUUUGGAAUAAUGCAUCAACUCCUCACUGGAGAAGUGGGCCAUGGGAUAAGUCGAAGUUUGUUGGGAUACCUAAAAUGGGUUCAUCAUACCUCACUAUGUUUAAUAUUGAACAAGAUAUUGAAAAGGGAGCAAUUACUUACUAUUUUAAUCCAUACAACAGCUCUAUAAACUCCAAUAUGUUCAUUUCAUCAGAAGGAGUUCUAAAAAUUAUAAACCUGGUGAAAUACAAUGAAUCAUACACUAUGUGGGACGCGUGGGUGGCACCAAACAGUUCAUGUGAUGCGUAUGGGGUGUGCGGACAUUUUGCAGUGUGCAAAACAUCUGAAUCUCCGAUUUGUAAUUGUUUGAAAGGUUUUAAACCAAAAUCACGUGAGGAGUGGAGUAAAGGAAACUGGACUGGAGGGUGUAUAAGGAAAACCGAAUUACUUUGUAAGAAAAACACCAGUAGCUCAGCUUCUUAUGGAGGAAAAGAAGAUGGGUUUUGGAAAAAGAGCAUGGUGAAACUUCCUGAUUUUUAUGAAUAUGUGCAUAUUGGUAAUGCUGACAAAUGCUAUGCAUGGUGCCAGAGUAAUUGUUCAUGCUUAGCUUAUGCCUUUGUUCACAGCAUAGGGUGUUUGGUGUGGUCAAAAGACUUUAUUGACAUUCAGGAGUUUUCCUCAGGUGGGGAAGAUCUUUUUCUUCGUCUUGCAUAUUCAGAACUAGGUGAGCAUGAAGCCUUUUCCCUGAAUAUUGUUUGGCUUUUGUGUUUGCACUGCAUUGUUUGUUUUUGUUUGAUACACCUAUUUUGUAUGUUAUGUUCAUUUAAUGGUUCAGCUGGGAGACAGCAAAUCAGGAAGGUUAUCAUCAGCCUCACAGUAAUCGGUACAAGUUUCAUAUUAGGAGCCAUAUUUUUCUUUUGGUACAGGUGGAAAACUGACCAAACGUCUUACCAAAAGAGCAUUGAUUUGAUUGAGAAGAGUGACAAUUCAAGAGACAAUCUUCGAAGUAAGCAACUGCAUGAUCCAUCAGAACUUGCUAUUUUUGAAUAUGAUACCAUAUUAGUUGCUACGAACAACUUCAGUAUCUCAAACAAACUCGGGCAAGGAGGAUUUGGCACUGUUUAUAAGGGAAAGCUAAAAGAUGGAAAGAAAAUAGCAGUUAAAAGGCUUUCUAGUAACUCAGGACAAGGCAUAGAAGAAUUCAAGAAUGAAAUAAUUUUGAUCUCCAAACUCCAGCAUAGAAGUCUCGUUAAACUCAUGGGUUGCUGCAUAUACGACGAAGAGAAGUUGCUAAUUUAUGAGUUCAUGCCCAAUAAAAGCUUGGAUUUCUUCCUUUUUGACCCAAGAAGAAGAUCAGAGCUUAGUUGGGCUACACGCUUCAAAAUUAUCCAUGAUGUUGCUAAAGGUAUCCUAUAUCUCCAUCGUGAUUCCUGUUUAAGGGUGAUACACCGAGAUUUGAAGGCCAGCAAUAUUCUUUUAGAUGCGAAGAUGAAUGCCAAAAUAUCGGAUUUUGGAUUAGCACGGAUUUUCGCAGAAACAAUAGAUCUAGCCAAUACUCAAAGGGUCGUGGGAACUCUUGGCUAUAUGUCUCCAGAGUAUGCCAUGGGAGGAAUAUUUUCUGAGAAAUCUGAUGUGUAUAGCUUUGGAGUGUUGCUGUUAGAAAUAGUUAGUGGCAAGAAGAAUAACAGCUUCCAUUAUCGUGACCAACAAUUGAGCCUAAUAGCUCAUGCCUGGCAACUUUGGAGUGAAUGCAGGCCAUUGGAGUUGAUAGAUGAAACAUUGGCUGACUCGUAUUGUUCAUCAGAGGUAAUCAGAUGCAUAGAUGUUGGGCUACUGUGCACACAGGAUCAUGCCAUUGACAGGCCAACCAUGCCAGAGGUAGUGUUAAUGCUAAGCAAUGAAAUCCAUCGUCCAAAACCCAAACAACCUCUCUUUUAUUCUCAAGGCUCCUUGAAAUUUGAUCUUAAACCACAAAGUGUUACAAAAUGCUCCACAAAUGAAGCAACCAUAUCAAUGAUCGAAGGGCGAUAAGUCAACUACUUUUUGGUACUUGAGAAUGCUGUGAACUCUGCUUAUUCUUUUGUGUUCAUGUAUUUGGCAGCACCAUCUUCUUUGAUAAUUAUGUUAUGACCUUUUAUUAACAGUUCACUGAUUUCUACAAUUUAGCAGCAGAGUAGGUAUAUCUUUCGAACUUCACUGGGUAAUUUUAAUGAUACUGCCACUAUAUUCUACGGUUGUGGUACAUUUCUUAGAUAGAUAGGCAAUACCUUAGUUUCUGUAUAAAUUUAUAAA